ACCCAGUUCGAUCACUUUGGUGCCUAUUUAAACAUGGAAAGGGCUAUGCUGGCUAGUUCAUCGUCAAACUCUGAAAUAUUCGGUCUUUCUGCGGCCCACUUUCGUUGUCUAUGCAUAUUUAUACCAUUCUUCCCUUCACGAGGAGGCGCAAUCCGGUGUUCUGUCUGCUCACUGAAACCAGUAACACUGUGUUGACUAACAUUUAGCUGCCAAUGAUCGAGGAUUAUCUGCACAAAGGCUGCCAUGCCAUGGUAGAGGGUGUCAACCCGGCAUACGGGUACCAGCCCUCACUAGCAGCAGGCAUCGCCUUCUGUGUGCUGUUUGGAACAUCCAUGGUGGCUCACACAGCACAAUCGUUUUGGUCUAGGAAGUGGUGGUGCUUACUAUUUGCCAUAGGAUGCUUGACGGAGGUUUUAGGAUGGGCAGCACGGACGUGGUCAGCAGAGUGUCCGUAUCAAACGGACGCCUUCUUGAUGCAAAUAUCAACACUGAUUAUCGGCCCAACGUUCUUCACCGCCGGUAUAUACGUCCUUCUUGGCCAACUCAUCUCUCUUCUCGGUCCGGAAAGUUCUAUUCUUCGCCCCAGCUGGUAUCUCUGGAUAUUUUGCACAUGUGAUAUCAUCUCGCUGGUCGUACAGGCAGUGGGUGGUGGAAUGGCCUCUUCCGCAGCAGGCGAAGUGGACGGGGACACUACCCCGGGGACCAAUACAAUGGUGGCUGGUAUUGUAUUCCAGAUGGCCGCCAUCACAGCAUUCGCCUUCUGCGGUAUCGACUUUCUUGUUCGAUGUCGUCGACCUCAACUUCGUGCCCGGUUCACCUCGCACAUGCGCCUGUUGGUGUUGGCGACGACGUUCUCCGUGGUCUGCAUCUACGUGCGAAGCAUCUACCGUACGAUCGAACUGUUGGAAGGCUGGUCGGGAUAUCUGAUCACACGGGAGUGGUUCUUCAUUGGUCUUGAUGGAAUCCCGAUGGUGCUUGCUGUUGUUGUGUUUAACAUCUUCCAUCCUUAUUGGUUCAUGCCCCGGGAGAAAGAGGCCAGAAAGGCGGAUUCGUGGGUUUCUUUAACUCGGCCUGGUGAGAAUGACGAUAUCUGA